AUGUCCCUAAACCAAGACAAAUAUCAUGCUAAUGGUAGUUUACCUUUGCCAGACACAUCAAGAAGUGUUUUUGAAUCUCCCGAGUUCAAAAAUCAUGAGAAGAGGGUAGUUGAUGGGGAAAAGCUACAUAAGAUUUUAGGCGGCUUUAACGAUAUCAACGGAUUCGAUCCCAAAAUAUUCGGGUUUGAAGCAGGAAACAACAUGAUGAAUAUGCUCAACCUUGAUUUUGAAGCAAAGACUUUUGAAAUAUUGAAGGCCCAUAUCUUGAGGGUUAUGCUUUUAUUGACUAUACAUAUUCAAAUGCAAAUCUUGAGCAUUUUCAAUGUGGUCAAUGAUAUUAUGGAGUUGGUAGCUAUUAUUUUGCUCUCACUUUCAAUGGAAGUCCAAGAUAAAGCAAGUUAUUCCAUGGAAAACAACUUUCACGGGUUGAGAGGGAAGGUUGCAAGGAUUUAUUACUCAUUUAUUCUUUUACCACUGAUUUGUGUUCGUGUUGCAUACCAUAUUGGUGUUUGCUACUCUCCAACUGCAAUAAGUGGUAUCCAAGACGGUUUGCCUUCGAAAGAAUACAUUCCAGAAAGUGUAACCUUACUUUUAAAGAUGAAUCAGUAUACUGUUGUUCCACCACCAAAGCUCCCCCAACCCUGGUUGGAUGCAAAUAAAAAAAUACAAGUUCCUUCGAAGAAAGAAGUUCAAACUGUUCUUUCGAUCAGAAAUGAAUUUUUCACUCAAAGAGGUACUUUUAUGGCUCUGGAAAAGCUACGAAUCUCAAGUGAGAUAAGUAGAUUUGUGUGUUGGAAUUUGUUGAUUCCAGGAGUUGAACGGAUAAACGUGUAUGAGGAGUUUGGCUAUUUAUGGUCCGAUUCAUGCAGCGCUCCAGUAUUAGAACAGUUAAGGGUUUUGGAAACCUUGAUUAUUAAUGAGUUACAUUCUAUGAAAAAGGAUAGAGCGGUUUCCAUACGUAAGAUCAAGUUAGUUUGUAUCUCCGGGGAAGUCACCCUUGACAUGUCAUUUGAUAAUUUAGACCCUGUUGCAACUGUGUUAAGCUCUUAUGACGAAGAUUAUACUCCAGGUAACGAUCAAACGUUAUAUGUUUAUCUUUGUGAUAAACUGAACCGUGAUCUAUUGGGAAACCAGUCAAAUGAGACAAUUCCUCAAAUGACAGAUUUAAUAGUUGCAGCCGAUAAAAAAAACUCAUUAUCUUUACAGACGCGAGGUUAUUUCGCAGUUGACAGCUACAAUAAUUUGAAAGAGUCGGUGGUUUAUUCUACGGCAUCCAGAUUUGGAUAUAAUGUUUACUUAAAAGCUUUAUUCUAUUACUCCAAAAGCUUGGUGAAGGAAACAGAUACCGACAGAUCUUCAGUAACUGUUUCUUCACAGAGUGUAACCAGUCAGGGUCUGGCACCUGGCCACUAUUUAGUUAAGUUUUUCCAAAGAAUUCUUCAGUUAAGACCCUUUGAUGUCAACUCUAGCGUGGUACCAAUGGAAGAUGAAGGCCAUUCUGAAUCUAAUCAAUAG